AUGCCUCCCGUCUUUGAAGCAGAAAAUCCUGCUCUCAAGACUCUACCGCUAGCUGUGCAACAGAAGCAGAUUGUAGUGACCUGCAACUACGAAGCGCGGCGGAGAGGGUUGCGGAAACUACAACUUAUCAAGGAUGCCAAAAGGAUAUGUCCCGAGGUUGUCAUUGUACUUGGCGAGGACUUGACUAAGUUCCGUGAUGUGUCCAAGGGUCUCUACUCCUUUCUGAAAUCACUCAUCUGGGGUGAUCGAGCCGAAAGACUGGGGUUUGAUGAGGUGUUUCUGGAUGUCACCUCGAUGAUAGAAUACAAUCUCCAGUGGCUAGCGCCUAAUGUCAAGAAUUCUUUCUUCCUGCUAGAUAGGGAUGACUUUACUGUUGGCUUUGAGUAUGAUCCAACGGUAUAUUGUGGCCCAACAUAUCCUCCGUUGGAUGACAAGCUACAGCCGUCGCGCGGGUCAUCGCCUUCAGAUCUUGGACAGAGAUUAAUUCUUGCCUCGCAUCUGGCCAAUUAUAUACGGAGACAACUAGAGGAGAAACAUGGCUAUACCAGCACAGUUGGAAUAUCUACUUCCAAGCUUCUCUCAAAGUUAGCUGGUAACGUCCAUAAACCAAGGAAUCAAACGACACUUAUACCGCCCUUUUUGGAUGAUGCAGAUCAGAGUGAUAAUUAUAUCACUCAGUUUAUGGAUGGCCAUGAAAUAGGUAAAGUCCCAGGCAUUGGAUUCAAAAUCGCUAGCCGCAUAAGAGCGGCAGUACAUGGUCAUGGAAAUGACUUGGAGCUGUACAGAGAGCUCAGAGAGGAUGAUAAAGUGACUGUUGGUGCUGUACGAACCUUUCCUGGCAUGGGUCCUCUGAUGCUGGAUAAGAUACUAUCAGGUGGAGGAUGGCCAAAGGACAUUGGAAGCAAAAUAUGGGAGUUGAUUAAUGGCGUUGACCAUAGCGAAGUUGCAGCAGCCCGUAUGGUCCCUACGCAGAUUAGCAUUGAAGAUUCGUUCCGUCAGCUGGACACACUGGAUGCUGUGAAGAAAGAAAUGCUUCCACUGGCAAGCAGCUUGAUACGACGGAUGCACACUGACCUAAUAGACGAUGAUGAAGAGGACAACGCAAAUGAUCAAGUUUCUGCGCUGUCAGAGAGAAAAAGACGGUGGCUAGCACAUCCACGAACGCUGCGGCUAUCUACACGGUCUCGGGUCCCUCCUGGCAGCACAAAUCAGGCCCAGUCUCUAUAUAAUAACCGCAUCUCCAGAUCCUGCCCAGUACCACAGUUCAUUUUCUCCUUCAACGAGGAUGUAAACGCCAUAGCUGAACGCCUGGUCCAUGAAAGUCUCAUACCGACCUUCAAAAGACUUCAUCCUGAGAAGUCGGGCUGGCGCAUCAGUUUGAUGAAUGUUGCUGUGACCAAUAUGGUGGAUAGCGCAGGGUCAACGAAGAACAGCGCUGGUCGAGACAUAGAGAAGAUGUUCAAAUCGCAGAAUCAAGUCCUUCGGGAAUGGAGGAUUCAUGAUACGGAUGUUGAUACUGCCAGUCAUGAAGGGGCCUCCAUGCAAGACGGACAGGAAUUGCAGGAGCCGGCAGGUGAUGAGAUAUGGGAGGACGAUGGGGAUUCCGUGAUGGGUACAGGGACGUCUUGUAGCGAAUGCCAUAUAUGCGGUGCUUCUAUACCCAACUUUGCACUGCAGGCGCAUGAGACGUAUCAUUCAAUUACUGAUUAG